AUGGGCCAGAUACAGAAUCCCGUAAAAGACUAUUGGUCUACGGAGACCUACGCAACUGCGGUUCCUUUCGCCCCCCAUUUAGCCGACACCCUUGUCCAAAGCAUAGAGUUUGAUCGUACUGAUAGAGUUCUCGAUAUUGGAUGUGGCGAUGGCAAAUUUACUACCAGCUUUGCUCCCUCAGUCAAUUAUGUUUUGGGCGUCGACUCUUCUCCAUCCAUGAUCAACACGGCCAAAACAUUGGAAUACGGUGGAGCAGCUACGGAUUUCCGCGUUGUCGAUUGUCGGCACCUUGAAGAAGAUGCAGAGGUUAUGAAUGGGAACUGGGACAAAGUUACCUCCAAUGCUGCAUUCCAUUGGAUCUUGAAAGACCCAUCUACCCGUAUCUCCAAAUUGGAGAAUAUUUUUCAAUCUAUGAAGCCCGGGGGCACAUUCUUCUUUGAGAUGUGCGGACAUGGAAAUGCACCGGAAAAGGUCACAGCAUUUAUGUUCGCUCUGGUCAACCAAGGAGUCCCAAUCGAGACAGCGGAGGCUAUGUGCCCAUGGUUUUAUCCCUCCGACGUCUAUAUGAAGAACAUUCUCGAGAGCGUUGGAUUUCAGGUUAAGAAGAUUGAACUUUACACGAAAAAACAGGAGCUGAAGACUUUUGAGAAUGGAUUCAUGAGACUGAUCGGCGCUCAGAUGCUGGAUAUUUUGGAUAGCGAGGAGAGGAAGAAUAGCGCCAUAGAACAGAUCUGCCGGAUGCUGCGCUAUGGCACCACAAGAGAAGAUGGUAGUCAAUGGAUCACACAUGUCGGUCUGAGAUGUAUUGCUGUUAAGCCAUGA